AUGGCUGCUCUGAAGGAGUUGGCUGUCCCUGAGGAUUCUCCUCUCAAAGAUGAAGGCCGACUUGCUUUUCCAUUUCCUCCUACUUUAAGCCAAUCUGAGGCUAAGGUUAGGGGAAAUAAGGAGAUGAAGGAGAUGGAGAGGAAGAUGAAGAUGAAGAGGCUGAGGUGGCAACUGAUGCUGAAGUUCCUGCUGGGCCAACCGUCACUCACUCACUCUCUUGCUCACUCUCUCAUCUCUUGCUCUCUCUUUCUAUCAGAGGUUCGAUUGUUCUUCAGUCUCUUACUCAGUUAUUCUUCUUCGAUUCUUCUUCAGUUCGGUGAUUCUUCUUCGAAUUCGAAGUUCGAUUUUGAGCAGUGCUCCGUGAUUUAUCUCCAUGGAUUUGGAACUAUUCGUCUUCUUCGAUCAGAGUUCGAUUUUGAGCAUAGCUCCGUGGUUGAUCUCCGUGGAUUUGGAACUCUUUGGCUUCUUCGAUCAGAGGUAGCUGCAGUACCCGAGGAUGUUGGCACAACUGUUGCUCUUCGGGCCAUUGGUCACUACCUGACUGCACAUGAUAUCUUGGUUGUGAGUGGCGAUCUUGUUUGUGAUGUUCCCCCAGGGGCAGUGGCUGCUGCUCAUAGGCGACAUGAUGCCGUACUGACCGCAAUGCUUUGCUCUGCUCGUGUCAGUGGACCAUCAGAGUCUGGUUCUGCUGGUGGAAAGGACAAAGGCAAGAAACCAGGACGCUAUAAUAUUAUAGGGCUGGAUCCCACACAACAAUUUCUUUUGUUCAUAGCAGCUGGAGUUGAAGUUGAGAAAGAUAUUAGAGUUCAGAAGAGCAUUCUCCGUGCAGUGGGGCAGGUCUGUAAAUCUCCUUUGUUAGAAAAAUAUUCUUCAGUGCGUAGUGCAAUGACUGAGAUGAGUUUCUUCAUUUAUUUAUUGGUUGUUGUCCCUUGUUAUUUGUUUACUUUCUAAAUUAAUUCCUUGCUGUCUAUGCCCAUG